UAAGGUGACUAUGUCCAAACCACUAUCAGUGCAGUUUACAGAGGCUCUACAGCUUGUGCAAAAACUUGACAGCUUGUCUUUGCGGAGAGAUUCUGCUGAAUACAAGGAAGAGCUGAAAAAUGUUCUUGACUCGCUGAAUUCGGUCAAGAAGUCCAUCCAGCAAAUGGCAUUAUUCAGUGUCAAUGAGGACAUUGAUGAGGUGAGUACCGGCCACUUGCGGUACUUGGCAAUCGAUUUCUAUAUUGCACAGGUCCUUGGAAAUACUGUCACCAAUAGGGCCUCCACUCUUAAGACCUGCAAUGGUUUGUAUUUACAGUUCCUUUACACCUUGGAAAAUUACGGGAUAUUAGAUAAAAAGCAGCGAUCUAAAUUGGACGCGAUAAAAACAUCAUAUGACCCGCAAAUUGACGAACUGCGCUCGGACGAUCCUGUGACGAGAAGACAAAGCAAGAUCGACGAGUUCAAGAUGACGAAAGACUUCGAAGAGAAGCUUAAGAUCCUGGAGUCGUCAGAUUUCCAUAGUCUGGACGAUGAGGUAGUGAGACAAGUCUACCUUGAUCAGCUCAGAUACUUUGCUUUGAAGUCGUUCCAGAGCAUUGAGUCGAAUCUGAUGGAAAUUGAGCUUCUUGCCAACAUGCCUGUUCGCCCCAUUGAACCGAUUCAGGAGCCGGAUGAAAGAGAGAAACAGAAGAAAUUCGACGAAACUUACACUGACAAAGUGGAGUCCAUAACUAAUCCGAUAUUGUCAAAGGACGGCAAGGUUCUGCGGCCUUUCACGAUUGUGCCAUCCCGUGACCAGCUACAGAAGAAGGUUUUUGGAACGGGCCAGGUUCUACCCACGAUGACCGUGGAAGAGCUUGUGGACCAAGAACUGGCAAACGGGGGCAUGGUCAAGGAAUCCUUGCCAGAAAAAGAAUUUGACGAGGAUAAUGAAGACGAUGUCGACAAGCUCACAUACAAGAACCGCGAAUGGGACGAGUUCACUGACAACAAUCCCAGAGGAAGCGGAAACACGCAGAAUUUGGGCUGACAGGAGUCGUGCACGCUUCAUAUUUGGAAAAAUAUACAAUCGAAAAAUAAACUGAGCAGAGAAAAAACGGACACGAGUAGGGGCGCCAUGAGUUCGUUUGUUCCUGCGCAAUUUAGCUCUUUCACCACGAAUUUUGACUUUGACAAGCUGAAGGUAAGAAUUUUCCAGAGCAAUGGGGCUCGAGGUAUACUGACUCGUAGACUGAUACGACAUCGUCUUUCCAAAGCCGACUUCGGUCGCUCAGAAGUCCACAAGACUUCUUCGAUUUCAGAAGAAUGAGCAAACCAAGCGGCAUAUUCGAAGCUCAGCAAAGAGUGAAUUUCAACUUGACAUACUUUAGCUCAAACUACAUACUCAUCACAGGCAUCAUUUGCUGCUAUUGCAUUCUGACCAACCUUUUAUUGUUUUUCAUUUUAGCAGCCGACGCGCUUGUUGUUUACCUGACACAGCUGCUGUUCAAAAGUUCGGACGAGCUUCAGUUCAGAGGUUGCAAGGUGUCCAAAUCAGCAAUUUACUCCACUCUUUUGUUGAUCAAUCUACCAUUGCUUUUCGUGGCCAACCCCUUUACCACCUUGAUCUGGCUGGCAACAGUGAGUGCUGGAGUCGUUCUGCCCCAUGCUGUCUUCAUGGAGAAGCCAAUAGACGCCUCCUUUGCCGAAGUCGUUUAGGUAUACUAAUGAACGCUAUUAUCCACCAACCACACCUGACACCUCCCUUGUAGCUUUAUCUAAACUUAAUUGCUAGCUGAUUAUUUUUGACGGCAAAUUGUUGCACUUGAUUCCACCAUGGGAAACCCCACCC